GCGGGUCACGUGUAGAUAGGGCUUCUUUAAAGGCCCUCUACCUCAGUUGGCUCUUGCCUUCUGCUGUCUGAACCUCCAGCUUCCAUCCACCCCAGCUUUACCAGACACCAUGGAGAAGGUCCUUGUUCUUCUGCUUGUGUCCCUCCUUGCAGUGGCCUAUGCAGCUCCCGGACCCCGGGGUCUUAUUAUCAAUUUGGAGGACGGUGAGAUCUGUUUGAACAGUAUGCAGUGUAAGAGCAGAUGCUGCCAACAUGACACCAUCCUGGGCAUCGCCCGUUGCACACACAAGGCCAUGGAGAACAGCGAGUGCUCCCCAAAGACCCUCUAUGGGAUCUACUACCGGUGUCCCUGCGAGCGGGGCCUGACCUGCGAGGGGGACAGGAGCAUCAUCGGCGCCAUCACCAACACCAACUAUGGCGUCUGCCUCGACUCCAGGCGCUCCAAGCAGUGAGAUCACGAAGUUAGCUGGGCUCUACCUUUUUCUCUUCCUCCCUCUGUCCCAUCUGAGCCAGCCAGCUGUUGGCAAUUAAAAUCCACUUGCAACCUU